AUGCCUGAUAUCACCGUUAUGCCCUACACUAUACACAGGGAGCAUACGUGUGAUGUACGGGAUACCAUAGGCAAACUAAAGGAUUUUGUAUACUGGCCAGAUACUGUUGGUCCUUACAAACAACAUUUGGAGGCUGAAACAGUGAUCAUGAUGUUAGAGGUGCCAGAAGGAUUUGAAGAUGUUGCUGUUGCAUUUUCAAGAGAGGAGUGGGACCUACUGAGUGACCAGGAGAAAGAGCUACACAGGGAGGUGAUGGUACAGAACUACGAGAACAUGAUUUCUCCAUGGGAUUUGUCUUUGGUUCUCCAAGCCUUGACUAGCCCCCCUUUCGAGCUGGCGGCCAUGCUAGGUUACAACAUCCCAGUGGACCAACUUUGGUUGUUAUUUAUUAAGAAACAUGAGACAAUUCCACCUGGUGACAGUGAAGGAGGAAUGAUGGUUCAACAAAAGCAGCUUCCUGGUAACAGUACUGACAUCCACAGGAAUGCAGAUUUCAGUGAAAUUCAGAGUCAGCUGCCAUCAUGUGGAGCUGGAAGUCCCAAAGCUUUGCCGGAUAAGGUGUUUAGUCCAAGAUAUGAUCUGGUGCAAACCAAAAACCAGUACCAUAACUGUGUGGAAAGGGGGGGGGAUCAAAAGAAUGUGUUGGAAACAGAUGAACCUAUUUUCAGCAGCAAAAAGCUAAAUAAAUGCAUUGCACUUGUUAAUGAGAGAAAAGGUGACCCUCACAUACGUGCCACAUGUUUCACAAAGAAGGCAGAUUUGGUAAACCAUCAGUAUGUCAACAAUGAAGACAAAAAAGUAAUGCAUCAUAGCAUCCACACUGGACAGCAACCCUAUAAGUGCACAAUGUGCAAUAAGAGGUUUGCACAGAAGAGUGAUAUGGUAAAGCAUCAAAACAUCCAUACUCGGGAGAAACGCUUUAAUUGUACCACAUGUGGCAGGGGUUUUACACGGAAAGGUAACAUGCAACAGCAUCAAUUUAUCCACAGUGAGCAGAAACCCUUUAAAUGCACCAUCUGUGACAAGAGGUUUAUAUAUAAGAAUUCUAUGUUAAGGCAUCAGAGACUCCAUAUGCUGAAGAAACCUUAUAAAUGCCCUACAUGUGGCAAGGAAUUUAGACAUAAGAAUAGCAUGAGGCAGCAUCAGUAUGUUAAUUCUGAGCACCAACCAUAUAAAUGCACCAUCUGUGACAAGAGUUUUGCAUCAAAGAGAACUAUGGAAAUGCAUGAGAGCGUCCACACUGGACAGCAACCCUAUAAGUGUACUAUGUGCGAUAAGAGGUUUACACAGAAGAGUUCUAUGGUAAGACAUCAAAACAUCCAUACUGGGGAGAAACACUUUCAAUGCACCAUCUGUGACAAGAGGUUUAUAUAUAAGUAUUCUAUUUUAAGGCAUCAGAGCAUCCAUAUGGCAAAGAAACCUUAUAAAUGCCCUACAUGUGACAAGGAAUUUACACAGAAGGAUAGUAUGAGGCAACAUCAGUAUGUCCAUUCUGAGCACAAACUGCAUAAAUGCACCAUAUGUGACAGGAGUUUUGUAUCGAAGAGUACUAUGGUAAUACAUCAGAGCAUCCACACUGGACAGCAGCCCUAUAAGUGCACUAUGUGUGAUAAGAAGUUUGUACAGAAGAGUUCUGUGGUAACGCAUCAAAAGAUCCAUACUGGGGAGAAACCCUUUAAAUGCACCAUCUGUGACAAGAGGUUUAUGUAUAAGAACUGUAUGUUAAGGCAUCAGAGCAUCCAUAUGCUGAAGAAACCUUAUAAAUGCCCUACAUGUGGCAAGGAAUUUACACAGAAGGGUCACAUGAGGCAACAUCAGUAUGUCCAUUCUGAGCACAAACUGCAUAAAUGCACCAUAUGUGACAGGAAUUUUGUAUCAAAGAGUACUAUGGUAAUGCAUCAGAGCAUCCACACUGGAGACCAACCCUAUAAGUGCACUAUGUGUGAAAAGAGGUUUGCACAGAAGAGUUCUAUGGUAACGCAUCAAACCAUCCAUACUGGGAAAAAACCCUUUAAAUGUACCACAUGUGGCAAGGGUUUCACACAGAAAGGUAACAUGCAGCAACAUCAAUUUAUCCACAGUGGGCAGAGGCCCUAUAAGUGCACUACAUGUGAUAAGAGGUUUAUUCAGAAGAGUGAUAUGGUAAAGCAUCAAAACAUCCAUACUGGGGAGAAACGCUUUAAUUGUACCACAUGUGGCAGGGGUUUUACACGGAAAGGUAACAUGCAGCAGCAUCAAUUUAUCCACAGUGAGCAGAAACCCUUUAAAUGCACCAUCUGUGACAAUAGGUUUAUAUGUAAGAAUUCUAUGUUAAGGCAUCAGAGCAUCCAUAUGGCAAAGAAACCUUAUAAAUGUCCUACAUGUGGCAAGGAAUUUACACAGAACAGUCGCUUGAGGCAACAUCAGCAUAUCCAUUCUGAGCACAACUAAAAAUAUCAGCACAGGUGGAAAGACUUAGAAGAUACACAGAUAAAUAUAAAGGAAAAGUACAAAAUAAG